CAGACUUUUCAUCGUUUUUAUUUCUUCUUCUUUUUUUAAUUCUAUUUUAAUCUCUAUUCCAAUAAAAGUGACUAUUGAACAGUAAUUUGUGUAAAGAGCUAUUCAAGGAACGACUUAUCUGUUAACGGUUAAUGCUAACAAAGUAAGGCAACAAUGUUAUUUUUGUAAAAAAGGAAAAGAGCGUAUAUAAAUAUGAAGUCUCUAAAUUCCAAUCAAAUAUUGGGUUAUGUUUACCAGAUAUAAAGCACAUGCGAAAGCACAUGCAGUUUAUUAGUGAAAGUACUGGUAUGUACGUAGAUCAAUAUGAAGCUAGAAACAGAACGUUGUUCAGUGAGAAUUUUAUCAUAGUCUAGGAAUGUGUGUGGAUUCUAGAUAAACAAUGGCAAUUAGAGAUAUCUCUUCUAGUUCUAGCAGUCUUAAAUCUGCAACAAUUAUUUUACUUGUUGUGUUAGUUAUUCAUAUAGUUGGACUUUCUUUACCAAGAUGGAUUUCUGUAGAAUUAACAGUUACAGAACAUGUAGAAGGGCAGACAACAGAAACUGGCUAUCAUGCCGGUCUCUGGCAACAUUGUGGAUGUGCAAAAUCAAAAUUUCUAAAAACCGGUGCAUGUCUUUGUUUCUCCAGAACAAAUGAUCCAAUUUGGUUCAACAUGGUACAGGCUGUGGAAACGCUCGGACUUAUUGGACUAAUUGCAUCUAUGUUAUUGUCACUGGCCACAUUGUUCUAUCAACAUAACAAGAAGUAUAAAAUAGCCAACGUCCUGAUUCUACUGGUCUCAGGUACAUUGAUGGUGAUUGGUUUGGUCGUUUUCAAAGUCAAAGCAGAUACAUUUGAGUUAUUUAAAGACUUGGGUAAAAUUGAAACAUCAGAAAUGGAAAUUGACCAAGUUGAUGCCAAGCUUAAUUACGCUUAUUUCCUGUGUGGUGCUGCAGGAUGCCUAAGUAUGCUCGUGUGCGCGCCUCUCUAUGUGAAAGAUUUAUGUUCUUAUACCCCGGACACAUUGAAUGAAUCUGCGGUACAUUAUACAGCUCAAGCUCAAUGCCUUGUUCAAGGAAAUAUGGACAGCGGAUAUAUGAGAACCGCGGAUGAACAAUAUGGAUUUCCACCAGCUUACGAGCAGCGUUAUGUGCCGAACAAUGCAGAACUGCCCUAUAAAUCAUAACGUUCUCAAGUGCAUACAUUCACGUUUUAUAAAUGCCUUGUACAUAACAAAAUUACACGUGUACUUUAAUACCUUUAAAGGAUAGAGUUUAUCACGGUUGAUAUCACCGCAAUUACAGAGCGCUGCCCUGGGGCAUUUGUUGAGAUUCAUAGAAGGGCUUAGUUAGGCUUAGCAUCCGCGUAUACCAAACGAUUAGACAAUAACAAUUAGGUAUGUAUGCAAAUAAGCACAUGUAUGGAUUAAGGCAUAUCGGCGGGGAUGCGAUUCUGUACAUUAUGUAGAUAGUUCACGAGUACGUAUGGCAUUCACGUGAGUUGUUUCGCUCGAGUUAAUAAUUACACUGACUGAAUUUUCCUUCUAUAAAUCUAUCUUUUGUGAAAUUGUAUAAAAAUCUAAACAAACGCAGAAUGAUUUUUAAAAGUUUGUGUAUAUUCCAAGUCCGACUUCAUGAUUCGAUCAAAUAUGGACAAUCGAUCUCCGAUGCAUGUGUGAAUAACUCUGUUCGUCGUAUAUAAAUAAAUAUUUGUAUCUUGACAAAAUGAUGCUUCAGGUUCUGUGUUUAUAUUAAAUUGCUAAUAUUAUUUGGCUUCUGGUAACAUUGGAGUUGUGUCUGAAGUCAAUAUCACUGUAAAUGCUCCUGGGAGUACAUUAUGUAUAAGAGCAUUUGUGACAAAUAUCGAAUUGUAUUCACAUAGAAAUAGGCAAUACAUCACGUAUAGGUUA